AGACAUUACCUCUGGUUCGGAAGAAGAAACUCUGCCGGACGAUUGUGCGAUCUGCGAGAAGCAGGUAACAAAGAAUCAGUAUGGCAUCGCUUGUGAUUAUUGUGACAGCUGGUUUCACAACGGCUGCGUAAAAGUAACAACGAAAUAAGAAAAGAAACCAUAUACUUGAUGUGGAAAAAAAGAGAGAAAAAAAGGAAAGAGCUAAACAAAUAAACAAACAAAAACAAAAAAUACCCAAGACUAAGAGGCGCCGUUGCAAAGGCAUUGCCUCGACCCAUAACUACUACUACGUAGCUAGCUAUUAGCUCAACAUGUGGAAAGUGGGAAACAUCCAAGGAAUUUGGGAAGCUGAUUCAGAUUUCUGUCUAUGCUGUGGAGCAAUCCUAGACUUGAGUACAGCAGACAAGAAUGUUACCUGUGUUGUAUGCAAGUCCAAAGUUAGUUUAAAUGAAAUUCUCAGCCGGGAGAAGGCAUAUACAGUGAAAUUCAACGACAUUAAAAAGUAUGAGACAAAAGCAGUUGAGAAUGAUGAAGUUUUUGGACAAAUGGACAGCAGCAGAGAAUGCAGUAAAUGUGGCAAUAUUGGCAUGUCAUAUACUACAAUGCAAUUACGUUCAGCUGAUGAAGGUCAAACAGUAUUUUACAUCUGCCCAAAUUGCAGGCACAGGGAAGUGGAGAAUUCAUGAACUAUGGACAUCUUUAAUGUAAACAUACAUUUUAUAAAGUUCAAUAAAAUAAGUGUUGUUGGA